CAAAUCCAAAGAACACCUAUCUUUAUUAUGGCUCUACAAUUUAAGAAUUUUUCAUUAUGCUAUAUAUAUAAAUGUGUUAAUAUCAGAGGCUUAUUAGUAAAUUCAAUUGCUAGUUAUACAACAUCAUCUUCAGCCAUUACACAUGAUAAAAAUCCAAAGAAAAUAUUUUCAGUCUAUCGCUGGAAUCCAAGUAUAAAGAAUACACCAUAUAUGCAAAAUUAUGAGCUGGAUUUAAAUAAAUGUGGGCCUAUGGUCCUUGAUGCAUUGAUUAAAAUUAAAAAUGAAAUUGAUCCAACACUAACUUUUAGACGUUCAUGUCGAGAGGGUAUAUGUGGCUCAUGUGCAAUGAAUAUAUCAGGAUCCAAUACACUUGCAUGUACCAUGAGUAUAGAUAAAACUUAUAAUGUUACUAAAAUAUAUCCACUUCCACAUAUGUUUGUUAUUAAGGAUUUAGUUCCAGAUAUGAAUAAUUUUUACCAACAGUAUGCUUCUAUUGAACCUUAUCUUCAAAGAAAGGAAUUGCCAUCACAUAAACAAUUAUAUCAGAGUCCUGAAGAUAGAGCCAAAUUGGAUGGAUUGUAUGAAUGUAUUCUUUGUGCUUGUUGUUCUACCGGGUGCCCAAGUUAUUGGUGGAAUAGUGACAAAUAUCUAGGUCCGGCCACAUUAAUGCAGGCAUAUAGAUGGAUAAUUGACUCACGCGAUCAAGCUACGCAUGAAAGAUUAGCAAAGCUUGAAGGCAAAUGGAAACUUUUCAAGUGUCAUACCAUUCUUAAUUGCACUAAGACAUGUCCAAAGCAUUUAAACCCAGCAAAAGCGAUAUCAGAACUCAAAAAAAUGAUGACAGGCUGGACAAAUAAGCAAGCAACACCAACGCCUCCUAAUUUCGAUAAAAAUAAUUCAAUAACCGGCUAAAUAGCAUAAUAUUUUUAGGUAAUUAAUCCAGAAUCAUUAAUCAUCCUCUGAUAAUAUUAAUCUUUAUAUACUUCUUAAAUCUAUUCAUGAUUAUAAUCUUAUAUUACAUUUUUUAAAUAUAAAAUUAGUUGAUAAUAAUUGAUAAGGACAGUUUAUAGAUUUACCAUAUGCUAUACAUUAGAGAUUAUUUAGCUUUAUCUAUUUAUAAUA